AGCAUACUUGGAUGUCAAUGAACUAAAGAACAUCCUCAAACUGGAUGGAUCCACACAUCUAAACAUCUUCUUUGCCAAUUCCUCCGAGGAAGAGCUGGCUGGAGUGGCAACUUGGCCCUGGGACAAGGAAGCCUUGAUGCAUCUAGGUGGCAUUGUGCUGAAUCCCUCCUUCUAUGGAAUCCCUGGCCACACACACACAAUGAUCCAUGAAAUUGGGCACAGCCUGGGGCUCUAUCACGUCUUCCGAGGAAUCUCAGAGAUCCUCUCCUGCAGCGAUCCGUGCAUGGAAACCGAGCCCUCCUUUGAGACUGGGGACCUCUGCAGUGACACCAACCCUGCUCCCAAGCACAAGCUGUGUGGGGAUCCUGGCCCUGGCAAUGACACGUGUGGUUUUCACAGUUUCCUAAACACACCCUUCAGUAACUUCAUGAGCUACGCAGAUGAUGACUGCACCAACUCCUUCACGCCCAACCAAGUGGCCAGGAUGCAUUGCUACUUGGACCUCGUCUAUCAGAGCUGGCAGCCCGCGAAGAAACCAGCUCCUAUUGCAAUUGCCCCACAGAUUGUGACUCGGAGCUCCACCUCUGUCACCCUGGAGUGGUUCCCACCCAUUGAUGGCCACUUCUUUGAAAGAGAAGUGGGAUCAGCAUGUGAUCUGUGUGCGGAAGGAAGAGUCCUGGUGCAAUAUGCCUUCAGCGCCUCUUCUCCGAUGCCCUGCGAUCCCUCGGGACACUGGAGCCCACGGGAAGCGGAAGGGCACCCUGAUGUUGAGCAGCCUUGUAAAUCCAGUGUCAGAACAUGGAGUCCCAACUCAGCAGUCAACCAACACACGGUGCCCCCGGCCUGUCCCGAGCCCCAGGGCUGCUACCUGCAGCUGGAGUUCCGCUAUCCCCUGACUCCAGAGUCCCUCACAGUCUGGGUGACAUUUGUUUCCCCGGAUUGGGACUCCAGCGGAACCGUAAAUGACAUCAAGUUGCUCACCGUCAGCGGGAAGAACAUUUCUCUAGGGCCACAGAACGUCUUCUGUGACAUCCCGUUGACCAUAAAGCUGGAUGCAGGACAAGUGGGAGAGGAGGUGUAUGGUAUCCAGAUCUACACUCUGGAUGAGCACCUGGAAAUUGAUGCUGCCAUGCUGAGCUCUGUCCCCCAGAGCACACUGUGCGCAAACUGCAGGCCCAUCCAGUACAAAGUGGUUCGGGACCCUCCUUUCCAGUCUGGAUCUCCAGUUGUCAUCUCAAACCUCAGCAGGAGAUUUGUUGACAUGGAGCUCAGCGAUAGGACCACAUACACGUACCAGGUCGUCAUUGUUUCCGGGAGGGAGGAGAGCGAGCCUUCCCCGGAGCUUGUCUAUAUCUCUGGAAGUGGAUACUGUGGAGACGGGAUUAUCCAAAUAGACUUGGGAGAAGAAUGUGAUGACAUGAACAAGAUCAACGGUGAUGGCUGCUCCCUGUUCUGCCUGCAGGAGUUGUCCUUUAAUUGCAUUGAUGAACCCAGCAGGUGCUAUUUCCACGACGGUGAUGGAGUAUGUGAGGAAUUUGAGCAAAUGACCAGCAUCAAAGACUGUGGUGUUUACACUCCCAAAGGCUUUCUGGAUCAGUGGGCUUCCAACGUCUCCGUCUCACAUCACAGUGACCAGCAGUGUCCAGGAUGGGUGGUCAUCGGGCAGCCAGCAGCAACCCAGACGUGUCGAACUAAGGUGAUUGACCUGAAUGAUGGUGUCUCUCAGUAUGCCUGGUAUCCCUGCACGGCCAACUUCCAGUAUUCCCACAUGGCACAGACCGUUUUCUGGCUGAAGGCUUUUUUUUCCCAGCCUAUGGUAGCUGCAGCAGUCCUAGUUCACCUGGUCACUGAUGGGACCUAUUACCUGGAUCAGAAGCAGGAGACCAUCGGUGUGCAGCUGUUUGACACCAAAGAGCAAAGCCAUGAUCUUGGUGUCCACGUCCUGAGCUGCAGGAACAAUCCCCUGAUUAUCCCCGUCAUCCAUGACCUCAGUCACCCUUUUUAUCACACCCAGACUGUCCUCAUUAGCUUCAGCUCCCAGUUUGUGGCCAUCUCUGGGGUGGCCCUGCGUUCCUUCCACAACUUCGACCCCAUCACCAUCAGCAGCUGCCAGCGAGGACAGACCUACAGCCCAGCAGAGCAGAGCUGUGUCCACUACUCCUGUGAAGCCACUGACUGCCAGAAGCUGGAGAUUGAGCACGCGCUGCUGGACUGCUCCGGCGGCGGGUGGUACAACGGGGCCCAGUGCAACGUGAGCUGCAAGGCAGGCUACACUCUGCAGGUCCAGCGGGACAAUGAUCUCAGCAAGAACCAGAUGGAGUCCAGCAUCACCAUGACUUGCACAGAUGGGAAGUGGAACAAGCAGGUGACAUGCGAGCCUGUGGAUUGCGGUGUCCCAGACCAGUACCAUGUCUACCCAGCCACCUUCAACUGCAGCGAGGGCACCACCUUUGGCAAGAAAUGCUCCUUCAGUUGCCGACCUCCUGCUGUUCUGAAAGGCAACAACAGCAACUUGACCUGCAUGGAGGAUGGGUUGUGGUCCUUUCCAGAGGCUCUCUGUGAGCUGAUGUGUCGAGCACCCUCCGUUGUCCCUAAUGCAGAUCUCCAGACAAGUCGUUGCCGAGAAGAUAAGCACAAAGUGGGCUCGUUUUGCAAGUACAAAUGCAAACCAGGUUACCAUGUCCCUGGAUCCUCCAGAAAAGCCAGAAAGCGAGCCUUUAAGAUCCAGUGCACACAGGAUGGCACAUGGCUGCCGGGCGCUUGUGUGCCCGUUACCUGCGACCCUCCUCCUUCCAAGUUUCAUGGGCUCUACCAGUGCUCCAAUGGCUUCCAGUUCAACAGCGAGUGCCGGAUCAAGUGUGAAGAUGAUGACAAUCAGUCGGGCCGUGGAAGCAACGUGAUUCACUGCCGGAAGGAUGGCACCUGGAGUGGCUCCUUUCAUCUCUGCAAGGAGAUGCAGGGCCAGUGCACGCUGCCCACACAGCUCAACAGCCACCUGAAGCUUCAGUGCGCCGGUGGCUACGGCAUAGGCACGGAGUGUACCACCUCAUGUCUGGAUCACAGUCACGAGCCCAUCCUCCUGCGUGUGAACGAGACCGUGCAAGACAUCCAGCACUGGAUGAACCCUCAAAGAGUGAAGAGCGUUGUCUGCACAGCGGGACUCAAGUGGUACCCUCACCCUUCCCUGAUUCAUUGUGUCAAAGGCUGCGAGCCUUUCAUGGGGGACAACUACUGUGACUCCAUCAACAACCGAGCCUUCUGCAACUACGAUGGUGGGGACUGCUGCGCCUCAACAGUCAAGACCAAAAAGGUUACUCCCUUCCCUAUGUCCUGUGACCUACAAGGAGAAUGUGCUUGCCGGGACCCCAAUGCCCAAGAGCACAAUCAGAAAGACCUCCGUGGCUUCAGUCUUGGGUAA